GCGCCACCGGACAUCUCUACCCGGGCCCUCCUUCCCCCUCCAAAACUUAUCGGGUUCGUAGCUUCCUAAUUUGGAUUUCGGGAUUUCUUUUUUUUGCUUCUAUCUCGUGUAAAGAUGCUGUCUUUCCUCUGCUAAACCACGAAUUCAAACCAAGAAAGGACUCAACGGAUUGUGGUACUUGACUUUGAACUUUGAAGUCACAAAAGGAUCGGCGGUCUUUUCUUCUGUGUUGAUGGGUUUCUAAGAAGCUGUUAGUUCUGAUGGAUUUUUUGAUGAUGGGUCUUCAUGAAUUUGAAUGGUUUCUUGAUUGUAUAGAAGCCGAUAUUUGAGUUUCCAUCGAUUUAUGGGUAAUGGGUUUGGGGAAAUUCGGUCCCUUAACCUCUGUAAAUUAUUUAGAAUUAUUUCAGGAUUUCGUUUUUAAUUUCAAGCUUCCUUCUACCUCUUUCUCCCACAAGGAGAAGGAGAUAGAGAUUAAGCAGAAUCUGUUUCGGUAUAGAGUCUUUUAGGUUUUUCAUAGUAUUGGGAUUGCUGGGUUUUCAGCUAUGGAGGAAGGACCUAAUUCUUGGAUAAGAAGGACAAAGUUCUCUCAAACAGUUUGCUAUCGACUGGAUUCUUCAAGAUCGCUUGCUUUCCCUUCUUUCGACGUCCGGCCUGAGAGGAGAUCUGGCUUGAAAUCAAGAUCUGGAGCCGGAGCAGCUUCGUCCAGUCAGUAUCAACCACCACACGAACAACUACAUGUUCCAAGUAAUUCUCAGGUUCAGCAACAUCCUCUUACCAAUAAGCAGAGAUCUUUGUCUCCUCAUUCGCAAACUUGUCUCUCUGAUGCGUUCAAGGAAGCAAGGUCUGAUCGAAAGAGAUUCUCGACUCCACAUCCUAGUAGAAAAUAUUCAAAUGACAAAGGAAUUAUGAGCAAGAUUUUCCAUAAAGACGUCCAAGAAUUAAAGUCAUCCAAAUCAUUGCAGUCCUCAAAUACAAGUCCACUUAGGCACUUGGCUUCCCUGAAAGGGCAUGACAAAUUGAGGAGCAAGAAGGAGUCUUCCUGGACGAAGUAUUUUGAUCAUGGUGGUGGCAGGGUUACUGCUGUGGAGAUGGCUGAUGAAUGGACUGUUGAUUUGUCCAAGCUAUUUCUUGGGCUUAGGUUUGCUCAUGGAACAUACAGCAGGCUUUAUCAUGGAAUAUAUAAUGACGAGCCUGUUGCAGUUAAGAUUAUUAGGAUACCUGAUGAUGAUGACGAAAAUGGAACUCUGGCAACCCGACUGGAGAAUCAAUACAAUAGAGAAGUCACUCUUCUAUCCCGCCUUCAUCAUCAAAACGUGAUUAAGUUUGUAGCGGCGUGCAAAAAGCCUCCAGUUUAUUGUGUUAUUACGGAGUAUUUAUCAGAGGGUUCCUUGAGAGCGUACCUUCACAAGCUUGAGCAUAAGUUAAUUCCAUUCGAGAAGUUAAUAGCAAUUGCUUUGGACAUUGCUCGAGGAUUGGAGUACAUUCACUCUCAAGGUGUCAUCCACCGGGACCUGAAACCUGAGAAUGUUCUCAUUGAUCAAGAGUUCCACCUGAAAAUUGCUGAUUUUGGUAUAGCUUGUGAGGAGGCAUAUUGCUAUUCAUUGGCUGAAGACCCAGGGACCUAUCGAUGGAUGGCACCAGAGAUGAUAAAAAAGAAAUCCUAUGGUAAAAAGGUUGAUGUGUACAGUUUUGGGCUUAUCCUAUGGGAAAUGGUGGCAGGAACUAUCCCUUAUGAGGAUAUGAAUCCCAUCCAAGCUGCUUUUGCAGUUGUGAAUAAGAAUUUGAGACCUAUCAUUCCAGGUGAGUGUCCGCCUGCCUUGCGCGCACUGAUUGAACAAUGCUGGUCCUUGCAUCCAGAGAAGAGGCCCGAGUUCUGUCAGAUUGUGAAGGUACUGGAGCAAUUUGAAUUUUCACUUGCUCGUGAUGGAACCCUGAAUUUGGUACAAAACCCAGCUUGCCAAGAUCACAAGAAGGGGCCGCUUCGUUGGAUUCAAAAGCUUGGUCACACACAUCCUAGUACUACUACACCCAUGCCUAAACCUAAAUUCACAUGAAUCUUUUUGGUGGCCAGUCUUUUGUAGCGGACCAGGUCCAAUGUAAUCAAAAAGGUUUGUUCUCCGAGCCUAUCUAAUUUGUAUUCUGCUAUGUCACAUUCACGUGAGACGGAAUUAAUAGAUUGCCAGGGAUGAGUGUCUCUAGUUUGCAAAUAUACACAUGCAGAAUUUGGUCCUUCGUUUUAGGGUUUUUGAAGGUAUGACUCAUCGACAUGCCCAAUUCCAUGGCGGAAUUUUGCGGAGUUAGUAGAGCUUUUGAUUAGAAACUUUAAUUCUUUUCAUUUGCUUUCCAGAAUUAUGUUGAGCCGGUCUAAUCUUGUACUUGUAAACAGUCCAUUUUAGUUUUUGACUGUUAAAUGAAGGUCUUUGCAGCUCAUUUUGAUUCCCUACUGGGUAUUGGCCAUCUGUAUAAUUUCUGAGGUGUUUCAGGACCAAUCUCUUCUUCUUCCUUCAUGUAAUGUUUCUUUUCUU